CCCGCCGCUUCCCCUGAGCGAACCUUUAGAACUCUGAGACAGACAAUAUUCUGUUACAUUGUAGCAAAAUGGCGACUGUCAUUCACAACCCCCUGAAAGCGCUUGGGGAUCAGUUCUACAAGGAAGCCAUUGAGCACUGCCGGAGUUACAACUCGAGGCUGUGUGCAGAGCGCAGUGUGCGGCUUCCCUUCCUGGACUCGCAGACCGGAGUGGCUCAGAACAACUGUUACAUCUGGAUGGAGAAGAGGCACCGGGGCCCAGGGUUGGCUCCAGGGCAGCUGUACACAUACCCAGCCCGCUGCUGGCGCAAGAAAAGACGAUUGCAUCCACCUGAGGACCCGAAGCUACGAUUGCUGGAAAUCAAGCCUGAAGUGGAGCUGCCCCUGAAGAAAGAUGGGUUCACAUCAGAGAGCACCACUCUGGAAGCCUUGCUCCGCGGUGAGGGGGGGGAGAAGAAGGUGGACGCCCGAGAGGAGGAAAGCAUCCAGGAGAUACAGAGAGUUUUGGAAAAUGAUGAAAAUGUUGAAGAAGGGAAUGAAGAAGAGGAUUUGGAAGAGGACAUUCCCAAGCGAAAGAACAGGACCAGAGGCCGGGCUCGUGGCUCUGCGGGUGGCAGGAGGAGGCAUGAUGCUGCCUCUCAGGAAGACCAUGACAAACCCUACGUCUGUGACAUCUGCGGGAAGCGCUACAAGAACCGGCCAGGCCUCAGCUAUCACUAUGCGCACACCCAUCUGGCCAGCGAAGAGGGGGAUGAAGCCCAGGAUCAGGAGACCCGCUCCCCACCUAACCACAGAAACGAGAACCACAGACCCCAGAAAGGACCAGAUGGGACGGUCAUUCCCAAUAACUACUGUGACUUCUGCUUGGGGGGUUCUAGCAUGAACAAGAAGAGCGGGCGGCCCGAGGAGCUGGUGUCAUGUGCUGACUGUGGACGUUCUGUCAACUCUCUGACCUGGGAACUGUGCAUCCUUCAAGCAAGCCAUUUCCGAAGACGGCGAAAAGAACCCAAUGAGCCGACAUCUUCUCCUUCUUCUCUUGUUCCUCUUCCUCUUCCCUUGCUUGGCCCCUCCUUGAGUGUGUUUCAGCCAACACCAGAGCCUGGAUUGUGGCCAAGUCCUCCAGCUCCACGCUGCUCAGCUCAAUGAAGUCACAGGAAUGGCCUAAGUUUGUGCAAUAAGAAGAUUUUUGGUUUUCUUUCUUUCUUUCUUUUUCUUUUCUUCUUCUUCUUCUUUUUUUUUUUUAAAGAUUCUUCGUUACAUCUCCUUUCACAGUCUGUGAGAAAGGCACCCAGGUCAGACUGGAAUUUGCUCUACAAUAGAAAUAACUGAACACGAACAAACUGACAAAAAAUUUUUAACAAAGAGUUAACUAUUUUAUUUAUUUCAAUAUUUAAAAGAAAGAGUGCUGACAUUGCACACUAUUUUUGUUUAAGUACCUUCUACUUCAAAAAUUAAAAAGCAAUUUUGUGAAGACAUGGCAUCAAAAGAGUACUUACUGUAAAAUAAAGACUGACUAUGGACUCUAAGGAAAAUCCCACCCCCCCACCCCAACAUUUUCAGUAAGAAAAUAAAGAUCAACUCUGCUCUCUCAGGCUUUUUUAAAAAAAAAAAAGAAAAAGAAAAAAAAAGCCAUUCAUGUAUGUGCUUUAGAUAUUUUUAUUUCUGCGAGUUGGAUGUGGUAAGUGAGGAGUGAUCAGUUUUUUUCCCCUUAUUUUUUAAGGCUACUGAAAAUGUUGGUGAUGUUCAAUGAUUAUGUGUUAAGACUUGACUAAAAUAAAUUAGCUUCAAAUCAGCAUUGUCUGCACACCUACUCCGCCUGUGCCCUGAACCCCAGGCAAGCCCAUUGAUCUGACCACAGAGAAGCAACAGCCUGCAUCCUGGCCAUGAUGUCUCGUGAGGCCUGGCUAGGAAAAGAAUUCCUAACAUCUAGUGAUGGAUUAUAUUGCUGCAAGUCCAACAGGUUGGAACAGAGACAACUUUAAAAUAAUGUCAUGAAGAAAAAUUU